AUGGGAAGCCUUUGCCUGGUUUUGGUGGUGUUGCAACUUUCAUGGAGUAUGUCUUCUUCUGUUCCUCCUUCAUCCUCUCAUUUAUGUCUCCCACACCAGAGAGAUGCUUUGCUCCAUUUUAAAACCACCAUUUCUGUUGAUUGUGAUUUUUAUCAUGAUGGUGGUUAUCGAGACGAUCCUUAUCCCAGGAUAGACAUAGAGUCAUGGAACAAAAGCAUUGAUUGUUGUUCAUGGGAGGGAGUGAAAUGCAACAACGUGACUGGUGAUGUAAUCGGCAUGGAUCUUAGUCACAGUUGCCUUGUUGGUUCUCUCUUUGCAAGCAACAGCCUCUUUCAACUUCACAACCUCCAAUGGCUUGACUUGAGCUCCAACAACCUCAGAGGCUCUCUUCUUGAGAACACUAGCAGCUUGUUUCACUUUCAUGGACUCCAACGACUCAACCUUGCUGAUAAUGGUUUCGAUGGCAUCAUCUCAUCAAAGUUAUUUAGCCAGUUGGUGAGUUUAACCCAUCUUAAUCUCUCUUAUAAUGGGUUCUUUGAUGAUACUGAAUCAUAUUUGAGAUUUGAUGGCCAAGGUUUCGACAUGCUUGCAAGAAACUUGACCAAAUUAAGAAACCUUGUGCUUGACACUGUAGAUAUGUCUGAUGUUGCUCUUACUUCUUUCCUGAACUUGUCUUCAUCACUAGAACAUUUGAGUCUCAGUUGGUGUCAAUUGCAUGGGGAAUUUGCAACUCAAGCUUUUCAGCUUCCAAACCUCAAAGUUUUAGAUUUAAGUGGGAAUGAGAAUCUCGCAGGUUAUCUCCCUAACACAAACUGGAGUAGUGGCCUUGAGUUGUUGGACCUUUCCGAAUGUGGUUUUAGGGGGUCAAUUCCAGCAUCAUUUGGAAAUCUCACUCAAAUCAUUUCCGUUGGUUUAGAAGGAAAUUCGCUUGAAGGACAGAUUCCAGAUGUUUUUGGAAACCUUAGAAAAUUAACUUCUUUGAGCUUUUCUUCAUGCAAUUUGAGUGGUCCACUUCCAAUAACUAUCUUCAACCUCACAAAAAUUACCCAAUUGGAUUUGUCAUAUAAUCACUUGGAAGGUCCCUUUCCAAAUCAUGUUGGUGAGCUUCAAUUUCUAGAGGAACUUUGGUUAUCAUAUAACUCUAUAAGUGGUGGAGUACCAUCUUGGCAGUUUACUCUGCCAUCUCUUCUACAGUUGGACCUCAGUUAUAACAAACUAGUGGGUCCGAUCGAUCGAAUUCAGAAGCCUAGUCCCAUCCAAGAGGUUUAUUUGAGUUAUAAUAACAUUGGUGGUUCAAUACCGUGUUCCAUUUUUGAUCUUGUGAACCUUACUUCACUUGAUUUGUCAUCGAACAACUUGAGUGGUCCAAUACCAGAUUCCAUUUUUGAUCUUGUGAACCUUACUUCACUUGAUUUGUCAUCAAACAACUUGAGUGGUGUCAUCAAGUCAGAUAUGCUUUCGAAACUCACGAGUCUUGAAUUUCUUGAUGUUUCAAGUAAUAGUUUAUUAUCAUUAAGCACAAGCGGCAAUGAUGUGAACUCUUCUUUCCCCCAGCUUACAACUGUGAUAUUCUCUGGUUGUAGCGUAAGGCAGUUCCCGAAUUUCUUUCGAACAUCGAAGUUGACAUUUUUAAACCUUUCUAAUAACCUGAUUUCUGGUGGAAUUUCCAAAUGGGAAGCUGAAGGGUGGGAAGGAUUGAUAUCGUUGGACCUUUCUCAUAACUUUUUGACUGCUUUGGAGCAAUUUCCGGGGAACAAUUUGGGAUAUCUCAACCUUCGGUCCAACUUGCUUCAAGGACCAAUUCUCUCAACUUGCUUGGAUCCUCAAAUUCCAAGUUCAAAGGAGUUGUCAGUGAUUAUCAUUUCAAAGAAUAAAUUGACAGGAAACAUCCCUUCUUCUAUUUGCAAUUUAAGUUCACUUGAUGUUUUGGACUUGUCCGAAAACAGCUUGAGUGGAACUAUUUCUGAUUGUUUUGGAAAUUUACGGUCUCUCGAGUUCUUGAAUUUGCAGAUGAACAACUUCUAUGGCAAGAUCCCUGAUUCUUUUGUGAAUAAUAGUGAGUUGAGCCAUCUUUUACUCAAUGACAAUCAGUUGGAAGGAUUAGUACCACCAUCUUUGGCUAAUUCUAUUUCAUUGGAAGUUUUAAAUUUAGGGAAAAACAAGUUAACAGAUAGGUUUCCCUAUUGGUUAGCAUCACUUCCAAAAUUGCAAAUUCUAAUCCUGAGAUUUAAUAGAUUUCAUGGAUCAUUGCCUCAUUCCUUAGCUUCAUCUAGUUUCUCUGCGUUGCGAAUAAUUGAUCUCUCUGUAAAUGAGUUCACAAGUACAUUGCCCAUAAAACUCUUUCAAAAUUUGAGAGCAAUGAAAGGUAAACAAGAGUGGUUCUACUCCACAACUUUCAGAAAUAUGAUGAUAUAUGGCAGUGGUAUUUAUGAAAUUCCUGUGAAUGUAACAACGAAAAGAUUGGAGCUCGAAUUGACGGAGGCCGUGGCCAUUUUUGUAUCUAUGGACUUGUCAAAAAACCAAUUCUGUGGAAAAAUUCCUGAGGAAGUCGGGCAACUUGUUUACCUACAAAUGCUCAACUUCUCUCAAAACAACUUCAUCGGUCCUAUCCCAGCAUCGUUUGGAAAUUUGGUAGCACUUGAAUCGUUAGAUCUUUCAUCAAAUAAGCUUGGCGGUAGGAUUCCAUCUGAAAUGACAAAUUUGACAUUUCUUGAAGUGUUGAAUCUUUCGGAAAAUAAUCUUGUUGGACCAAUUCCUCAUGGGAAUCAAUUCAAUACCUUUUCUAAUGAUUCCUACAGCGGUAACUUGGGAUUGUGUGGAUUACCAUUAUCCAAGCAAUGUGUCAACCAUGGGGGGGACGAACUGCCUUCACCAUUGGUGGUGGAACAUAAAGGUUCUGAAAUACCCUUCUUUUGGCAAGUUGUAAUGAUGGGGUAUGUAAGUGGAGUGGUGCUAGGACUGAGCAUGGGUUACAUUAUAUUUACAACCGGAAGACCAUGGUGGUUUGUUAGAAAGGUGGAGAGAGACUGGCAAUACAACUUCAAGAGGUGGGUACAAAGAAACAGAGUAAGAAGCAACUAGCUUGUAUCCAACAUCUUGCUUAGUGGCAUUGGAACUCGGAGCUAAAUUGGAUGGGAAGAUUCCUUGAGAGUGAUUAGAAUAAAUAAGUGGGAGUGUUAUUAAUUUAGCAAAUGAUAUGAAUGUCUUUGUGUUCAUCAUAAUUCCUAAAUUUAUAUUUGUGGGUAUUAUGUAAUUAUGUUUAAGUACUGCAUAAACUUAAACUAUUAAGCUAACUACCAAACUCUUGUUGUAUGAA